AUGAUUUAUAGAAAAUCGCAACUCGUAAUCGAAUACUCCUAUCAAGUCCGAUCUGAAUCGCCGGCAACAUGGGUCUUCUGGGUGCACGCAAGCAACGAAGCCCGGUUCGAGCAAAGUUUCCGGGACAUUGCGGACCAGGUCAAAAUCCCGGGUCGCCAGGAUCCUAAAAAUAAUAUUUUUAAACUGGUCGAGAACUGGUUCCGAGAUGAGAAGAGAGGGAAAUGGGUCUGCAUCCUUGAUAAUAUCGAUGACAACAAGUUCCUUUGCUCGAUUCCAGUGGUAGGCCAGGAAGAUCUGACCAAAGACCCGACGAGGUCCGCAACAAAGCCACUGUUAGAAUAUGUCCCAAGAAGUCGAAAUGGGUCGAUUAUCAUCACAAGCCGGGCGAGAGAAGUAGCGUUGAAAAUGGUCAAUCACAAGGACCUGAUUAAGGUCCAACCCAUGGAAAGGUCUGAGGCGCUAAAUCUUCUCCAAAUAAAGCUUGAUGACUCAGGAGAGAACCGAGAGAGCCGAGAUAGUCAAAGCCAGGAGAAUCGACAGUUAGUGGACGUACUCGAGUAUAUGCCUCUAGCAAUCAUACAGGCAGCCAGCUUUAUUCGGAAUCGGGCGCCUCGCUAUUCAGUGUCACAGUACCUCAGAGAUUUUCAAGCGAGUGACCGUGAAGCGAUCAAGCUUCUUAAGAAAGAGGCGAGUUACCUCCACCGGGACUGGGAAGCAAAGAAUUCAAUCCUGGUGACAUGGCAAUUAUCCUUCGAUUAUAUACACCAAACAAAGCCAUCUGCAGUAGAGCUGCUUUCUUUCAUGAGUUUUUUCGAUCGGCAAGGAAUACCAGAAGAUCUUAUUCGGUAUCAAUCUCGGUCUAAAUACACACUAAGCUCAGACGUUUCAAACAACUCUAGUGACGACUCUAGUGACGGAGAGACAUCUGAUUCUGAUAUAGGGCCCGAUUUCGAGGAUGAUAUUAUGACACUUAGGGAUUAUUCUUUUAUAUUUCCUAGUGAGAAGAAUACUUUCUUCACAAUGCAUCGGUUGGUGCAACUGACUACAUACGCAUGGUUAAAAUCUCAUGGACAAAGAGACCAAUGGAGAGAUAAAUUUAUUAACACCCUUUACCAAGAGUUUCCUACUGGGGAGUAUGAGAACUGGGAGAAGUGUAGGGCGUUUUUCCCUCAUGUUAAAUCCGCAAUAUCACAACGGCCAUCAUCAACUAUAUACCAGCAAAAAUGGGCUACAUUACUUUAUAGGGGGGCAUGGUAUGCGUUAGAAAUGGGUAAUAUCACAGAUACAAGAGAAAUGGCAUCAAAAUCGAGAGAUCAAAGAGUGAGAUUAUUUGAUACUGAGAAUGAAGAUGUCCUUGCUAGUUUAAGUAUGCUAGCAACAGCAUUUCAGCUUGAGGGCCGGUGGGGGGAGGCCGAGCAGCUCGAGGUGCAGGUGUUAGAGACUCGCAAGACGAAGCUCGGGGCGGAUCAUCCCUCCACACUGACGAGCAUGGCCAAUCUGGCGUCGACAUACGCGGACCAGGGUCGAUGGGAGGAGGCCGAGCAGCUCGAGGUGCAGGUGUUAGAGACUCGCAAGACGAAGCUCGGGGCGGAUCAUCCCUCCACACUGACGAGCAUGGCCAAUCUGGCGUCGACAUACGCGGACCAGGGUCGAUGGGAGGAGGCCGCGCAGCUCGAGGUGCAGGUGUUAGAGACUCGCAAGACGAAGCUCGGGGCGGAUCAUCCCGACACACUGACGAGCAUGAGCAACCUGGCGUCGACGUAUCAAAUUCAGGGCCGAUGGGAGGAUGCCGAGCAGCUUAAGGUGCAGGUGUUAGAGACUCGCAAGACGAAGCUCGGGGCGGAUCAUCCCUCCACACUGACGAGCAUGGCCAAUCUGGCGUCGACAUACGCGGACCAGGGUCGAUGGGAGGAGGCCGCGCAGCUCGAGGUGCAGGUGUUAGAGACUCGCAAGACGAAGCUCGGGGCGGAUCAUCCCUCCACACUGACGAGCAUGGGCAAUCUGGCGUCGACAUACUGGGACCAGGGUCGAUGGGAGGAGGCCGCGCAGCUCGAGGUGCAGGUGUUAGAGACUCGCAAGACGAAGCUCGGGGCGGAUCAUCCCGACACACUGACGAGCAUGGCCAAUCUGGCGAGGACGUACGCGGACCAGGGUCGAUGGGAGGAGGCCGCGCAGCUCGAGGUGCAGGUGUUAGAGAUAAGCAAGACGAAGCUCGGGGCGGAUCAUCCCUCCACACUGACGAGCAUGGCCAAUCUGGCGAGGACGUACGCGGACCAGGGUCGAUGGGAGGAGGCCGCGCAGCUCGAGGUGCAGGUGUUAGAGACUCGCAAGACGAAGCUCGGGGCGGAUCAUCCCUCCACACUGACGAGCAUGGCCAAUCUGGCGAGGACGUACGCGGACCAGGGUCGAUGGGAGGAGGCCGCGCAGCUCGAGGUGCAGGUGUUAGAGACUCGCAAGACGAAGCUCGGGGCGGAUCAUCCCUCCACACUGACGAGCAUGGCCAAUCUGGCGAGGACGUAUCAAAUUCAGGGCCGAUGGGAGGAUGCCGAGCAGCUUAAGGUGCAGGUGUUAGAGACUCGCAAGACGAAGCUCGGGGCGGAUCAUCCCGACACACUGACGAGCAUGAGCAACCUGGCGUCGACGUAUCAAAUUCAGGGCCGAUGGGAGGAUGCCGAGCAGCUUAAGGUGCAGGUGUUAGAGACUCGCAAGACGAAGCUCGGGGCGGAUCAUCCCUCCACACUGACGAGCAUGGGCAAUCUGGCGUCGACAUACUGGGACCAGGGUCGAUGGGAGGAGGCCGCGCAGCUCGAGGUGCAGGUGUUAGAGACUCGCAAGACGAAGCUCGGGGCGGAUCAUCCCGACACACUGACGAGCAUGGCCAAUCUGGCGAGGACGUACGCGGACCAGGGUCGAUGGGAGGAGGCCGCGCAGCUCGAGGUGCAGGUGUUAGAGACUCGCAAGACGAAGCUCGGGGCGGAUCAUCCCGACACACUGACGAGCAUGGCCAAUCUGGCGAGGACGUACGCGGACCAGGGUCGAUGGGAGGAGGCCGCGCAGCUCGAGGUGCAGGUGUUAGAGACUCGCAAGACGAAGCUCGGGGCGGAUCAUCCCUCCACACUGACGAGCAUGGCCAAUCUGGCGUCGACAUACGCGGACCAGGGUCGAUGGGAGGAGGCCGCGCAGCUCGAGGUGCAGGUGUUAGAGACUCGCAAGACGAAGCUCGGGGCGGAUCAUCCCUCCACACUGACGAGCAUGGGCAAUCUGGCGUCGACAUACUGGGACCAGGGUCGAUGGGAGGAGGCCGCGCAGCUCGAGGUGCAGGUGUUAGAGACUCGCAAGACGAAGCUCGGGGCGGAUCAUCCCGACACACUGACGAGCAUGAGCAACCUGGCGUCGACGUAUCAAAUUCAGGGCCGAUGGGAGGAUGCCGAGCAGCUUAAGGUGCAGGUGUUAGAGACUCGCAAGACGAAGCUCGGGGCGGAUCAUCCCUCCACACUGACGAGCAUGGCCAAUCUGGCGUCGACAUACGCGGACCAGGGUCGAUGGGAGGAGGCCGCGCAGCUCGAGGUGCAGGUGUUAGAGACUCGCAAGACGAAGCUCGGGGCGGAUCAUCCCUCCACACUGACGAGCAUGGGCAAUCUGGCGUCGACAUACUGGGACCAGGGUCGAUGGGAGGAGGCCGCGCAGCUCGAGGUGCAGGUGUUAGAGACUCGCAAGACGAAGCUCGGGGCGGAUCAUCCCGACACACUGACGAGCAUGGCCAAUCUGGCGAGGACGUACGCGGACCAGGGUCGAUGGGAGGAGGCCGCGCAGCUCGAGGUGCAGGUGUUAGAGACUCGCAAGACGAAGCUCGGGGCGGAUCAUCCCUCCACACUGACGAGCAUGGCCAAUCUGGCGAGGACGUACGCGGACCAGGGUCGAUGGGAGGAGGCCGCGCAGCUCGAGGUGCAGGUGUUAGAGACUCGCAAGACGAAGCUCGGGGCGGAUCAUCCCGACACACUGACGAGCAUGGCCAAUCUGGCGAGGACGUACGCGGACCAGGGCCGAUGGGAGGAGGUCGUGCAGCUCGAGGUGCAGGUGUUAGAGACUCGCAAGACGAAGCUCGGGGCGGAUCAUCCCGACACACUGACGAGCAUGGCCAAUCUGGCGACGACGUAUCAAAUUCAGGGCCGAUGGGAGGAUGCCGAGCAGCUUGAGGUGCAGGUGUUAGAGAUAAGCAAGACGAAGCUCGGGGCGGACCAUCCCUCCACACUGACGAGCAUGGCCAAUCUCGCUUUUACCCUGAAAGUUUCAGGUCACAUUGCCGAAGCCAUCAUUUUGCUACGAAACUGCGCAGCUAAGCAGAAACAAAUACUCGGUCCGGACCAUCCAAAGACUUUAUCUAGUUCUGAGACACUACUUGAGUGGGAAAUGGAGACCUCAGAUUUGAAUGGCUAA